AUGUCUUCACCACUAUCUUCGUAUCGAUCUCAUCAUAAUCAUUCAAGACAAACUUUAUCAAAUUCUUCUACAAAAUUGUAUAUUGGUCGUUUGAAUCCAGCUACGACAAGUCAUGAUCUUGAAAAUUAUUGUUCAAAAUUUGGUGAAAUUGUUAGUAGUGUAGUGUUAGCAUAUGAGAAUGGAUUAUCACGAUUGUAUGGAUUUGUGACAUUUAAACGUAAAUCAUCGGCUGAAAAAAUGCUUGUUGCACAUCGACAACAUCCACUUGUUAUUGAUAAUUAUCAUGUUGUUAUUGAAAAACGUAUAACAACAAAACCAGAAUCAACUGCAGUUUAUCAACCACGACAACAGAAAUUAUCAAAACAAAAUUUAAUUCAUAAAAUUUAUGUUGAUGGUUUAAUUAAUGAUGAAAAUGAAUUGUUAACAUAUUUUACGAGUAAAUAUGUUAAACCGUGUGGUAGUAAAAUAAUAAUAAAAAAUGGAGUUAAAGUUGGAGCUUAUUUAACAUUUGAUAGAAAGAAUGAUGUUGAAAAAAUACUACGUGAUCAACAUUAUUUACAUGGUCAACAUUUAAUAGUUUCUAUUUCAUCAAAUGAUAAUGAAAUUAAUGUAAAACAAGAACAAGAGCAACAAUUCACAAUUUCGCCACCAAAUAAACGUCAAAAACGAGAUGAUGAACAAACGACACAAUCUCAAAAAUUACUUGUAGAAAAUGUGUAUGAUCAUCCAUUCGAAUGGUAUUUAAAUGGUCUCAGUUAUAAGAGUCAACAUUUAUUGAAUGAAAAUGAACGUUUAUAUAAAGAUAAUAAUGAAAAACUAGUUGAAAUCAAUUUGUUAAAAGAAAAACAAUCGAAACUAGAUCGAUUAGAAGAUGAAAAAAGAGAAUUAAUUAUUUCUCUAAAUACAUCUCAACAAGCUCUUCAACAAUUGACAGAUACUUUUAAACAAAAUGAAAAUAAAUUACUUGAAUUGGAUGAAAAUCGAGAUAAAAUAAAAUUAGAUUAUGAAAUUCAAAUUAAAAAACUAAACAUUAUACUACAGCAGUAUAAACAUGAGAAUAAAAAUUUAGUUGAUAGAACAAAACUAUUGGAUGUACAAAAUCAACAAUUAACAACACAAUAUGAAGAAUGUGAAAAAUUACGAAAACAACAACAAAUUGAUAUUGAAUCAUUUUUUACCAUAUUAAAAAAAAUUGAAGCUGAAUGA